AUGGCGCGUCGCGCCCUUCUCACCGGGAACACAAGAAAAGGCGAUAAGAUCUUGAGGGACUUCGCCGCGCAGCAAUCUCAGGUAGCUAUCACAAUCGUCCCCGAUAUCGUCGCACCGGAAGCAUACCACGCUGCGAUACAGGGAACCCCCCCCCCUUUUGACACCGUAUAUAAUACUGCAUCUCCGUUCACGUACCGGAACGUGGGAAGCAAUCUUCAGUUCCUCGAGCCGGCAAUCAAGGGGACGUUGAACCUGCUCAAAGCCGUGAAAGACAAUGCUCCUAACGUGAAGAGAGUCAUUUGGACUGGUAGCUGCGCCAGUGUGAUUGACUACGACAACCUUGUCUCGGACCCACCAAGGCUUUAUACGGAAGCAGAUUGGAACCGGUUACAUGGGAAGGGCAGUGCACGGGGAUCCGUCGAUAGCUUACAGAGCUACAUCAGCGACCUGGACGAAUCAAAUUCUCGGUUGUGGAAGCUUUGCUUCAGCUCGACAAAGGAUGCUUCCAUGCCGUACAUCCCUGUACACACUUGCGUCGACGUCCGAGAUCUUGCAGAUGCCCAAUUCAGAGCUAUGAUUGUUCCGGAGGCAGGAAAUCAACGGUUUGUACUGUGCGCCAGGCAGUACAGCUUCCAGGAUAUCUGCGAUAUUCUCAGAUCCCACUUCACUUCCCCGAACUGA